ACCACACACGCAAGUUGUGCCAAUCGCGAAAGAGGUUGGAGUUUCUUGUUUGACCGUCGACUCGUUCACUUCUAUCGGGUCUCUCGCCGGAAUAACAUUCGAUUUUGCUGUUUGAGAACCUCCUGUUGAAUUUUUAACCAAUCAAAAUGGGUAAGGAAAAGACUCAUAUUAAUAUCGUCGUCAUUGGACACGUCGAUUCCGGCAAAUCGACCACCACCGGACAUCUGAUCUACAAAUGCGGCGGUAUUGACAAGCGUACGAUCGAGAAGUUCGAGAAGGAAGCCCAGGAAAUGGGUAAGGGAUCCUUCAAAUAUGCCUGGGUGUUGGACAAACUGAAGGCCGAACGUGAACGUGGUAUCACCAUCGAUAUCGCGCUGUGGAAAUUCGAAACCGCCAAAUACUACGUCACCAUCAUUGAUGCCCCCGGACAUCGUGAUUUCAUCAAGAACAUGAUUACUGGAACAUCCCAGGCCGAUUGUGCUGUCCUGAUCGUAGCCGCCGGUACCGGUGAGUUUGAAGCUGGUAUCUCCAAGAACGGUCAAACUCGUGAGCAUGCCCUACUUGCUUUCACCCUUGGUGUCAAGCAGCUGAUUGUCGGUGUCAACAAGAUGGAUUCAACUGAGCCACCAUACAGUGAGCCUCGUUUCGAGGAAAUCAAGAAGGAAGUAUCGUCUUACAUCAAGAAGAUCGGUUAUAACCCAGCUGCCGUUGCUUUCGUUCCAAUUUCUGGAUGGCACGGAGACAACAUGUUGGAACCAUCCACCAAGAUGCCCUGGUUCAAGGGAUGGGCCAUUGAACGCAAGGAAGGCAAGGCUGACGGCAAGUGCUUGAUUGAAGCUUUGGAUGCUAUCCUGCCCCCAUCCCGCCCAACUGACAAGCCUCUGCGUCUGCCACUGCAGGAUGUGUACAAAAUCGGAGGUAUUGGAACAGUCCCAGUCGGUCGUGUUGAAACCGGUGUCCUGAAGCCAGGUACCGUCGUUGUGUUUGCCCCAGUCAAUCUGACCACUGAAGUCAAGUCCGUUGAAAUGCACCACGAAGCUCUGCAGGAAGCUGUCCCCGGAGAUAACGUUGGUUUCAACGUUAAGAACGUUUCGGUCAAGGAAUUGCGUCGUGGUUAUGUAGCUGGUGACACCAAGAACAAUCCUCCCAAGGGCGCUGCUGACUUCACUGCUCAGGUCAUCGUUCUGAACCAUCCAGGUAACAUUUCCAACGGAUACACCCCGGUGUUGGAUUGUCACACCGCUCACAUUGCCUGCAAGUUCUCUGAGAUCAAGGAGAAGGUCGAUCGUCGUUCCGGCAAAUCGACUGAGGAGAACCCGAAAGCGAUCAAGUCUGGCGAUGCUGCUAUCGUCAUUCUGGUCCCGUCCAAGCCUCUGUGUGUGGAGUCCUUCCAGGAAUUCCCACCGCUGGGACGAUUCGCUGUCCGUGAUAUGAGACAGACCGUCGCUGUCGGUGUCAUCAAGUCGGUCAACUUCAAGGAUGCUAGCGGUGGCAAGGUCACCAAGGCUGCCGAGAAGGCUCAAAAGGCCAAGAAAUAGCCGCCAACAGCAGCAGCAGCCAUCAUUCAGUCCGCCACGGCCGCGCACAGUACCCAUACCCGCACCGAUGGCAGCAGCACGCUACAUCCGAAGUUUACUUUGAGACGGCUGUUCAACAUUAAAUCUUAUCACUGCUUCCAUCGUAAAGCAUUCAGACGAAAAGUACACGGGCUCUUUAAUUCAUUCCUUUUUGCUAUCUUAGAAGAACACAUUUAUAUAUUAAUAACCUCUAAUUAUUAAUAUUUAAACAAUAUUAUCUAGAACAACACAGAAUCCAGUUUGUGUGAAUGCGUAAUGAUAGGAAAAGCGAUCUAGAUUUUCCGGAUAUACACAAAAUAUAACUUUCAGAAUGAAUGGAAAUUUUAUUAUUUAUACAAAACAUAGAUCUACGAAAGUAGUGCUUAAAAUCGAAACCUUCCUUUUUUCCCGUUUGCUAAAAGUACGAUUUGGAAACAGUUGCAUUAACGAUAAUGAUGAUCGGUACCUACUCAUUUGGAAAUUCGAUAGAAGCGAAAUUUCGAAAACUAACGAAAAAUUCUAGCUGAUCAAAAUCCCCUCCCGAAAAGACUGCUUUCUUCUGGAAUGCCCCAAUAGAACAUAAUUUGUUUUUGGAAUACACACAUGCCUAGAA